AUGCUCGGAUCUUCGCGCAAACUGCCGCGCUCUCCCAAGGACCCGCGGAUCUCCGACUCCCUGGGCGGGAUCUUGAGCGCGGAUCCGCGGGAGAAUCCGGGGUUCGCGGAUUGGAGCCUGGCGGUGCUAAACUACUGCGACGGCGGGGGCUUCGCGGGGACGGCGGGGCGGAAGCUGGUCGCGGGCGUGCCGGAGGGUUGGUACCCGCAGGCGCCUCGUCGUGAUAGCACCGAUAGUAGCGGUGGCAGCCAAGACACAAGCAGCGGUGGCGCCUUUUUCCCUGGCAGUGUCAGCAAUAACGGAGGAGGCGGCGGCAGCGGAGGCGGCGGAGGAGGCGGAGGAGGCGAGGGAGGCGGGGGAGGCGGCAGUGGUAGCGGGCGAAAGGGUUUUUUCGGGCACCAACGCGCCGGUGAUAACAAUAGUGACACUGCCCAUCCCAUCCACAACGGCAGCAUCAGCAGGGGAAGCAGUGUGGAGGGCAUGAGCAGCAGAGGGCGCAGUCUAGAAGCCAGUGGAGGGCGCAGCGGGGCGGCGAGUGUGGGGGGGUAUGGGUCGGGGACAGUGACCAAGGAGCUGUACCUGGAUGGGUACAAGAUCGUAAGCGCAUUCAUGGAAGACCUGGUGCGCAGCAGGGGCACGGGGGGCGCGACGCAUGUGCUGGUGUCGGGGUGCUCUGCGGGCGCACAGGCCGUCAUGGCCGUGUGCGAUCGCUUCAAGCUCCUGCUGCCACGUGCUUCCGUCAAAUGCCUCAUGGAUGGCGGCAUGUUCGUUGAUGCACGGGGCAGGAGGGGCAGGCGGCCGAUGCGAUCGCAAGUGCGUAAGGUGGUGGGCUUGCACUCCAUGCGCCUCAACUCCAACUGCGUUGCAGAUUUCCAGCCGUCCAAGCGGUGGCGGUGCUUCUUUCCCCAGCACGCGCUGUCGCGCAUGGCGGCGCCUGUGUUCCUCGUCAACAGCCUCUUUGACCAGAUCGCUCUCUCCAUGGGCGGCCAACUGGACUCUCUAAACCGCACGCACACCUCCUCCUGCAUCUGGGCCAUUCUCAGAGCGCGUAGAGACAUUCAGCACAUGGUUCUAUCCAAGGGGUUGUUCCGGAGGCAGUUCUGGUCGCGGGGCGCGCCGCAAUGGUGUGGGGUGAGGGAGGAGGGCGCAGUGGUGAGUGCGGCGUUUGACACGUUUAAGUAUACCGUCGCGCGCCCUCCUCAACCGUCGCGCGCCCUCCUCAACCGUUGCGCGCCCUCCUUAGACCGUCGUGCGCCCUCCUUAGACCGUCGCGUGCGCCCUCCUUAG